AUGUUGUAAUGACUAAGUAGUGAGUCAGAUUUAAUGGAUCCAAAUGCAUUAAGCUUUCUGGUCAGUCCUUCAACCUUCCAGUCAGCUUACUACGAAGCCAAAGAGAAUGAUGGCAUCAUUGAUCUUGGUCUUAGCCUCAGAGCUCUGCAGCCUGAAACUUACCAUCCAUCUGCACAUUUGGUGAGCUUGGAGGGAUAUGAUGAUCUGAUAGAUUGGCCCCAGGCUAACCUGAACUUGAAGAACACUAGCAUUCUAAACGUGAGAAGUGUCGCGGAAGAUUGCGACGAAGAAGCAGAGGGAGUGCAAAGCAAGGAGAGGAGGGCUUAUGUGAAGGUUAACAUGGAUGGGCUUGUUAUUGGCAGGAAAGUCUGUAUUCCUGAUCACAGUGGUUACUCGAGUCUUGCAUUUCAGCUGGAAGACAUGUUUGGUAGACAAUCUGGAUCUGGGUUAAGGUUAUUUCAGGAUGGGUCCGAGUUUUUGCUUUUUUACAAGGACAGAGAUGACAAUUGGCGAACUGUCGGUGAUGUUCCAUGGAAGGAAUUCGUAGAAUGUGUGACGCGAAUGAGGAUUGCAAAAAAGAAUCAAGCUUUUCUUUCACCUCCUUUGAAAUUUAACUAAUUUUUCGUUUUCCACGUUGUUUCAUAUGUUCUUAGAGACAGUUUAACGUUGGAAGUUGGAACACCAUUUCAACUACAAAAUAGUGUACUCAUCUGUUUAAUCUGAGGGAUUACUUUAAUGUCCUAAA